GGAUUGGACUCAGUUGCAUAUCUAAUGGCUAAGCCAGGAACCUCUCUAUUGGUGCCUUCUGUCCAGGAGCUAGCAAAUCAACCCAUCACCAAAGUUCCAGAACGUUAUGUUCGUCCAAAUCAAGACCCUCCUUUUGUAUAUGACACAACCUAUUUACCAAUAAUUCCUGUCAUCGACCUUCAUAAAUUGUUGUGUGGAGAUGCAACUGAACUAGAGAAGCUUGAUCAUGCAUGCAAAGAAUGGGGUUUCUUCCAGCUGAUUAAUCAUGAAGUCAACCCUUCACUGGUGGAAAAUGUGAAGAUAGGUGUUCAAAAAUUCUUCAACCUCCCAAUGGAAGAGAAGAAGUUGUUUUGGCAAACACCAGAAGACAAGGAAGGGUUUGGUCAGUUGUUUGUUGUGUCUGAGGAUCAAAAGCUAGACUGGGCAGAUAUGUUCUACAUUACGGCUUUUCCAUUACACACAAGGAAUCCCCACCUAUUUCCUAAUAUUCCCCAACCAUUCAGAGAUAAUCUAGACACCUAUUGUUUAGAACUGAAAAACAUUUGCAUUAAAAUCCUUGGCCUUAUAGCCAAAGCUCUUGAAAUCGAAAAAAACGAACUGUUAGAGUUGUUUGAAGAUUUAAAUCAAGCAAUGAGGAUGAAUUACUACCCUACAUGUCCUCAACCAGAACGAGUCAUUGGACUCAAUCCUCAUUCUGAUUCUGGUGUCCUUACCAUCCUUCUCCAAGUGAAUGAAAUGGAAGGUCUUCAAAUAAGAAAAGAUGGAAUGUGGGUUCCUAUUAAACCUCUUCCUAAUGCUUUUGUCAUCAACGUUGGAGACAUGUUGGAGAUACUGACCAAUGGAAUUUACCGGAGCAUUGAACAUAGAGCAACAGUCAACUCGGAGAAGGAGAGGAUUUCUAUUGCUGCAUUUCACUGGCCUGAAAUGAACAAAAUUGUGGGUCCAGUAUCUAGCCUUGUUACUCCUGAAAGACCUGCAAUGUUCAAAAGAAUUGGUGUAGCAGAUUACUACAAUGGAUUCCUUUCACGCGAGCUACAAGGGAAAUCAUACAUGGAUGUCAUUAGGAUCCAAAACGAGGUUGAUAAAUAAUAAAUGUUCGAAGGACUUUGCCUGAGAGUGAAAAUUAUUCAUGUACACGGAAUGAUUAUGUCACAAACGGUAGCUAAAGUGCAGCAAUUAUACCACUCAAUAUUGACUCACUGUUCAAGGCUUCAAGGAUUCCAGCUGAACACAUUACCUUGGAAGCUAAUGUUGAUUAGCAAAUUUAUAUCAUUGGACAUCAAAUAUGUAUUCUUAAACUAGUUGUCUGAAAUGUGCCAGAGGCGUGUCCCCCAACUUUUAGUAUUUGAUAUUUGUAAUUAAUAUUCGUUACUGAAUUUAAUGGGUUUUUGUUUAUAAUAUUUAAAACCCGU